AUGCUGGUGAUCUUCAGGAACCCUAAAGACACUCUGGUCUCCUUCUAUCAUUUCUAUAACAAAAUGCCAGUCCACCCAUCUGUGCAGUGGGAUGCCUUCUACUCCAACUUCCUGAGUGGAGACGUUGCCUUCGGGUCAUACUUUGAUCAUGCUUUGGCCUGGGAGAAGAGGAUGGACGACCCCAACGUCAUGAUCGUCACCUAUGAAGAGCUCAAACAGGACCUGAGCGAGGGCGUGCGUCAGAUCUCCACCUUCUUCGGCUUCAGCCUGACGGAGGCUCAGGUGCAGCAGAUCGCAGAGGGGAGCACCUUCUCCGCCAUGAAGGAGAACUACACCAACAUGGUCACGGGAAACAUUGUCUUCAGAAAAGGUGAGGUCGGGGACUGGAAAAACCACUUCACACCAGAACAGAGCCGAGAGAUGGACGACGCCUUCAACAAACACCUGGCAGGAACCAGGCUGGGUGACAAACUCAACUACCAGCUGUACUGUCAGUAGUAGUUCCCCUCUGUAAGAUCCUUUGUCUCUGUCAUAGACCCAGCAGUAAAUGAACACAGGAACACAGGUUUAAAGAUAAAAAAGUUGGGU